GCGACGGGCAACAACCUGCCGGCGUUCUUCAUGACAAGGGCCUUAGUUUUCACGCGUCGCACGACAUGAAGUGUAGCCUUGCUGUCGGCGCCCACAAGCGAAAAGACGCAAACAUGGCAGGUCUGUAGCAGUGGGUGACAGGCGCCCUGCCCGGAGCCUCCCCUCCUUCCGAGCCGCAGCUCUCCGCCCGUGAACUCGCCGGAAACCAAACUCUUUUUUUUUUUUUUUUUCUUUAAACUUCUUUCGCAGCACCGAGUCAAGAGGAAAAAGAAGGCGAGAAACGAAGAAGCAGCGAGGGGCGAACUUGACUCGAGUCGAAGUUCCGUUUUAUUUUGCUUUUUUUUCUCUCAUAGUUUCGCCAUGCAGUAUGUGAGGAAGAAGAAGAGCAUCUCGGAAAGAAGAGGAGUGUUUUUGAAGAGCGCCAGAUAAAGUCCGUCUCGGCCGUUUUUCUUUGCUGCUCGCUUAGCGGAUCUGUCUUAUCAUGAUGGAAGAUGGUGUGAAGGGGGAGGUUGCCAAGCCUGACGAGUCCAAGUUUGUUGGAAAGGCUGGCUGGGUGAAGAAGUCUUCAGGGAAGUUCCUGGGAAGCUACAAGGAUCGCUACAUCUUAGUGGAUAAGACAGAGAUUGUCGUCUAUGAGAAGGAGGAUUUGGAGAGGUGCAUCGAACGAGUGGAUCUUGAAAAAUAUGACAGAUGCUGUAGAGUUAAGGGUCCGUUCCAGAAGAAGAACAGACUCGUGUUAAUUCCAGCCCCCAAAAGCAAGGUCCAUGAUGUAAAACUUCAGAUUCCAAAUCCCGAGGAGAAGGAUGCUUGGAUUAAGGCUCUUAGUGAUGCCAUCAACAGAGCAAAAAAUAAAAUUUUUGAUGAGGUAAAAAUUGAUGAAAGCAGUUCAUUAGAACAUGUCACACGUACGAGACCUAAGGGAAGUCGAAGUCGAAGACCACCUACCAGGAUUCAUAUGAAGGAGGUUGCCAGUGUUUCAUCAGAUGGAAUUUUAAGACUGGAUCUUGACACUGUGGACAGUACACCUAAUGGGACAUAUCCACUUAUUGAAGAGGCAGAGGCUCCAAAAGAGGCCGUAAAGCCUCCUAUGCCACCAAGUAAAGACAGUGAGACCCAACAACAGCAGCAAGAGUCCAGUCAAGAACCCAACUCUGAGACUACGGUUUUGAAGCCCCCUAUGCCUCCUUCAAAAGACAGCAAGCCUACUACUUCAGCCAUGGAGCCUCUUAUGGGAAAUGAUCAAGAGAGUACAGAAGAAUCUAUUUCCAUUAUCCCAACACUUGAAAAAACAAGGAGAUUGUCUGAAGAAAAAGACGUAGCUCCGAAUGUAGUUCCAACAGCAUCUAGCAAAGACCUCCAGCCUCCCACACCACCUUCCAAACACAUAAAGCCCACUUUAGAAAAGGAAGUUCUGGAAAGUGCUGAAGGCACUGAGGAGGAAAAAGUUGAAGGAUUGUUAUCUGAGACUGUUCCAGGCAGCUCUUCUGAGCAAACCAUGACUGGGGAUGGUUGUGCUUCAGAGAGUUCAGCACCCUUAGAGCCCUCUGUGUCAGACCAGGAACAUCUAGUUCUGCCGACCGCAGAACAGGAACCAACUAAUGUACUUGAAGAAUCUGCUCCUUCUGAAAAAGAAAAGCUAGUUCCCAGCAGCACAGUUACAGAGCAUAAGGAGGAACAAAAGCUAACAGCACCACCCGUCCUGGAAGUCCUGGAGUCAAGUUCUCAUGUGUCAAAAACCCCUGAGCAGUUGGUAGAACCCGUGAGAAAGAAUCCUGGUCCACCUGCUCCUCCAAAGAAGAAGCCUCUGAAACCCCCAGUUAUCACUGGUUAUAUAUGUGAUCUGCCGACAGGAUCAACCGAUUCCUCAAAACUUACAAACAUACCUACACUUGAUGAUGUUGCGAUGCCUGCUUGUGAGACUACUGCAACAGAAGCUAAGACUGUUACUGAUUCCGGCAACCCUGUUCAUACCACAGAAGUUACGUGUGCGAAUGUAGCUGAUGAGGCAGUCUUAGGUACUGAAAUCAUGAUUCAGUCUGGUGAGAUGGUUUCAGCAGAAUCAUCUAAGGGUGUGGUACCUUCUAGUGACACUGUUUCUGCAACAGUACAUAUUGCGUCAGAUAAUAAAGAUACUCCAAAAUCUGAAGAAGAUACCACAGUUUCUCCGAAGCUCAAGAGUGACACUUUGAUGUUAGUGGUGUCUAAUUUUGAUACGGGGGAUCAUCUGGAUCUCACUGUAGAGCAAAUAGACCAAGAGGAGUUGAGGUCUAGUGACAGUGGCCAACACUCUGAUGACGAAUCAGAAACUGCUGAUAACAUCAGGGCUUCAACCAUAGCUUUGAGUGGCAGCAGAGCUCGCUUGGAUGAGGACAUUGGUGAAGACGGUGCAGAUUUUAUGGAUAGUCACACCCUAGGCUUGGAACACAGGUCUGAUAACACUGUUACUCAAAAGCACAAGACCCUCCAUGACCCACUGGAUGGAGACCUGCUUCACUGGCUCAGCCAGUCCUCCCCACCUCUCUUGGCACUCUUACCCUCUCUCAAAAGGGAGUCCAGAUCUGUUGGAGACUUGUUGUCCUGCACCAAGCUUGUAGAGGAACUCUCUCCAAUGUUCCAGAGUAAUGACACUGGUGAGCUGUGCGGCACAGCAUGCCCGGAGCUGAACACAGAUAAGUUUCUCCACACACUGUCUGGCUCCAUGGUCGACGGAGGUGCACCAAGUGAGGUAUCACCACAGGAGCUCUUGGCUGAGGCUGUGGAUAGGCUCCGUAAAGCUGAUGAAGUCCUAAGGGAGGCAAACAGGAUGAAAAAUUGCUCAAGGCGACUGAGCUGGUGAAUUGUAAAGUGGACUUUCUACAGUAAUGAGCAUCUUUUAGAUGAGUUCCUGCUGUCAUGAUCAAAACUCAUGUCUUUACACUUAAAGUCAAAAUUAAAUUCUCCUGAUUAACUUAGAUUACAUAGAUAGAUCUCGGAUUUCCAUAAGCAAGGCUUUCCAGUAAGGCUAAUGAUUUUAGCAUCAUAAUUACUAUUCAGAUUUCCUGCAUAAUGAAGUUUACAUCUCAUAUUGCAUCAUUUUAAGCUUAACCUCAAUUAUCCAUAUUCAUGCAUAUUACAAGUUGGGUGGCAAAGUGUGUCAGUGUCAGAGUUGCAUUUUGCAUUGAGGCCCAGCUAUGUCUGCACAGAGUGUACAUGUUCCUCUCUUGUUUUUGAAGGAUGUCUCUGGGCACACUGGUUUCUGCCCACAUUCCGAAGGCGUACUGUUGAGGCCUCUUGGGAAACUGCCCUUAGAGUGUGAUUGUGCAAGCAAACCUCUAUAUUCUGUGACAUAAUGGGGUGCCAUGUAGUUUACUAUGCCUUAUCGUAUGGCAUUCCCUGGGAAUGCCUUCAGAUCACUGUGACUUUCACUGGAAAAGUAGUUUCUAUAAUGUCCAUAUGAAAAUUACAGAUUUACAUUUAUUCAUCUAGUUGAUGCUUUUCUCCAAAACAACUUACAGUGUUA